CACAAGACUAGGUAAUGUGUGUGGCCACCACGGAAAGCCAUACAUCUGUGGGGCUUGCUGGGCUCUGGGCUGUAGAUGGUGUCCCAGUCCUCUCCUGGAGCCUAGACCAGCAUGUGGCCGUUUGCUAGAGUGAGCCACACCCCACCCCGGCUUUGUGGGAUUUGGGUCUGGCGGUUGGGGCCGUUGCCCUCGUGCUGCUCGUGUAUCGUGUGCCGUCAUGGCAGGAUGAGCUCCCAGGGAGGGUAGCCAGUCAGGUCCCGGGGACCUGAUCCGUGUGGUGCUACGCGGUCAGGCUCCGGGUUCUGCCGGGGACUCGGUGCUCCUGACCCGACCAUGAAAGCUGCCAACGCCACCAUCGACUGUAGAUCGGGUCUUAUGCACAAAGAGUAACCUCUGUAAUUCUGCGUCACACACGCCGAUAUCCUUCAGUAUUGUCAGCAUGAAACUGUAAGUCCUCAGGAAAGAGGAAAGGAGCCCCUGACUGGCUGUUCCACCUGAGGACUUGCUCCAACAUAUCGUAGGAAGGAGAUGUUUACUUGAUGAACAAGGAGUUUGAUUUUUUCCUUUCUUUAUUUUUCCACCAGGCCUGUCACUGAGUUUCUGCUGGUAAAAUCGCCUCGACGCCUGGGCCCAAUCGGCACGCGCUCAUUAUCAAUCUCCCUCCUCCUUAUGGAAGGGUCGUCCGGUUGCUCAGAGAGAGUGAUGUCAUAUAUAUGCUGGAGUGUAUAUAUGGGAUGAUGUCUAAUUCUCCUCUCUCAUCACCAGGCGUCAAGGUGGUUAAGGACAGCCCUUGAUUUCAAUCACCACGGUUUCUAACGGGCUCUCUUCAUCUCACUAUUUCUUCAAACUCCUUUUCGUUCCUUUCCUGACCGCCCCUCUGAUUUAUUUGUUUCUGCCUGUAAAGAUUCAGGUUUUGCAUCGACAUCCUGUGGUUUUGACUCUCGACCUCUUGGACGAUCAGCCUGAGGAGGAUACAAGGAAUCGGAUCCUCACCUUCCCUGAAAAGGAUGGAUCCAGAUGCUGAUUAUUUGGGAUGAAUCUAGAAUGUUGAAAUUUUAGAAUCUUGUAUUUCCUGGAUGAGCACGGCACGGCUACAAUGAAGUUGAAGAUGGUGACCAAGAAGCCAAACCCGUUGGUUAACUUCAAUGUGAUCUUUGAAGUGUGCAAGACGGCCUUAUCCCUCUGAAUGUGCUGGGAUCUGUUAUAAGCUGAAAGACAAAUUUGGUUCGUAAGUCCUUAAAUAUAACCGCAAAUUGCAAAAUGAGUGUUAACAAUGUGGGUGAGCAAAGGAAGAUGGAAUUUAGACUUGAAGCCUGCAAUAGCAAGAGAGUCUCAUUGCUGAUAGGAGAUCGAAAUGGCAAUAAGGUCCUCUGUAAUACAGAGUCUCUUCCAGAUUCCUUUAGAAGCAUCAGUAGUUUGAGCAGUGGGAGUACAGGUAGUCCUGAUGUUGAGAUGAUUGAGUGUGACCUGAGCAUGGUGCCGCAUGCAGAGGACUUUGCUGAUGGCAAUGUGUUUCAGAGCGAUGGCUUCAAUUCCACUGUGCUAAAGAAACCUGGAAGGCUUUGUGACAAAGUGGAAUUACCUGAUUCGGAAUCUGCUGGCUGCAGCAUGUCUUCACAGGAGUCCAUGGAAAAUUCACCCCAAAACCAUCUCGGGAUGGAAUUGGAUACAUGGAAUGAUAAUCUUGCCCUUGAGACGUCGGGCUUUCAGGAAUAUAGCAGUGGCCAGAAUAAGUACAACGUAGACGUGUGUAUAAGGUGCACAGGUUACUCUUUGGGCCGACGAAUUUCUGAAACUGACGAAGAAUGGCUAGAGGACGCUCCUGAAACCGAAAACCCAGGGUGUGCCAACGAGGAGGAAAACAUCUCUGUGGGAACAGGACAGAGUUCCCUGGAUGAUCCGAGUUCUGGUGAGCUGUUAGUGAGGAGAAGCAGCUUCGAUGCAAGUGGCUCCGACAAGCCUUCUAGUCUGUCUGUGGUGGAAGAGUCGAGCAGCUCUUGCAGUGUCCCUGCUGACUUGGGCAGGCUGUCGAGCGUGAUGCCAGACAUUUGUGGAGGUUCUCUGGAGGGGAGACGUGUGGUCAGAGACGGCAUGGACGUUGGAAAUUGCACUGUGGAAGCAGUCAAGGAAUGCACUGGAGAAUCUUUAAGCACAGACAAUGGUCUGCCCCUUGAAAAGUGUUUUAGCAGUUUCCCACGUGAGAUGGAAGGGACUGAAGGAAGGGUUUCUCAUGCAUCUUUCAGUCCAAGUAGCUGUAUGAACUUGAGAGAGCCGCGUGUGGAACGUAUGUCAACAAAUGAUGUAAGAGGCUUGAAUGCUUUAUUUGGCCAAGACUGCACAGCACAGGAGACCUGUGGAGAGACGGGUGUUGAUGCCGCAGAUCGUGGCUCAGUUUGGGCGAGUGCGGUUGAGGUGAAGGGUCCUGAACAGUUGCAAAGUAUAUUGCUUCCUCCCAAAGGAGACUCGGCAGCGGAGAGCAAGACGUUUCUGGUUAUUAGUUCUGAGGAUUCGGAUUGCAAUUGCAGCGUGCAGACCUCUACUCCUCAGCCGGAUUCCCGGAAUGUAACUUUCUGCGUCCAUUCGUUCGACAAUGACGUUUCUGAGCAGCCGUCGGACAUCCGCGAAGGUGAUCUCGGGAGCCCGGCUCAUCGGAUCGUUCAGCAGCGGCCUCCCUCGCCAAAAGAGCCCACAAGAACAAAGCCGUCUGCACUGGUGGCAAGCAAAAAUGCCAAAGCCGAGAUUAAGAAGUUUCCUAAGCCCGACUUUAAGAAUAUAAAGCCUAAAGUUGUUUCGAGACCAGUCACUUUGUCAAAGACCUCAAGUUCCGCACGAGCAAAGGCUUCUCCGCGGCCCGCUGUGGCCAGCAGAGGCCCUCCCUCUCUCUCCCCUCCCAGGGACGUGCCGCAAACGGGACAGAAGAACUCUGGGUCGGGAUCUUGGAAAAGUCGGAAUAAGGUGGUUCUUCCCUCCGCUGCUCCGGGCAGACCACCCGCUAGCGCUUCAAACGAAAUGUCCACUAGGGUCCAGAAAACGUCCUCCAGCUGUGUCCAGAAGACGGCGGACAGAGACGGCUGUGCCAACUCCUCCAGCUCGCCGACCUCUGACCCUGCGGUCGGCGGCGGCACCGCCAAACACCCGUCUAAGCAGGGCAGCCAGAACAAACCCGCUGCGUCUUCGCCGAAAUCUUCGCCUCGGAAGGAGCGCACGGGAUGCGGCUUGCUGUCGUCCGUCGUGCCCGAGGCAGCGCAGAAUCGCAUUUCGCCGGAAUCGCCCCCAGACGACGUACGAGAGAGAUCUGCAGUAAGUACGUCGGCGGCCCCAGACGCCAGCAGGACCAGACUUGGACAGAAGCCAUACCCUAGUAAACCGAGAGGCGCUCCGUCUUCUCUGGCUCCAGCUGCGAACCUCCGACUGCCGCCUCCUGCAUCGAAGCCGAAGCUGGGAGCUUCAGGCCGAGAUGGCAGUGCCCCGGGAAACGCGUCUCCCUCCAGGACCAAACCGCUGUCAGCACCUGGUGCUCAGAAAAUGCGGGUGGCGGACAGGACGCCUGCUACAAGACAACCCAUGAACCCGGGCUCCGGUUCAGCUCGGUCCGCAGCGGCGUCCAAACUGCCCGUGAAGCCGCAGGCGCUGCGGAGGACAUCGAGCGUCUCCUCGGUAGCCAGCUCGCUCAGUGAGCCCAGCACUGCCACAGGCAACGGCAGGGCCGCGCCUCCCGUCGGCUGCAAACAGGAGCACAAGCCUUCCCAGUCUGCGGCAUCGGCUGGGCCCCACAGUGCUGCGCGGACCCCCUUAGGAAGACCCCCCGGGGGACGACACAGGACCCCCUUGGUUGCCGCCAGGACCCCAGCAGCAGGAAGCAAGACCUCAGCCUUUCAAGCUCAAAACCCUCCAAGAGCCACUUCGACAAGUCAAACGCCCAAGUCAUCUUCCAAUGUUUCCAGUAGACAAGUACGUCCCACAGUGGACCGGGCCCGGCAGAAGAGCCCCCGGGACCGGCCCGCCCAGGCCGCCGGCCCGCCCGACCCGCUGCCCGCGGAGUCGCGGGCGCUGGGGGUCGCGCACUACCGGACGCAGUGCGAGAGGAGCGGCGAGCGCGCCGAGCGCCUGAGGGCCCUGCUGGCCGCGAGCGACUCCAGGUUCGAGGCCGUGGCGCUGGUGGUGCAGCACGUCCUGGCGCAGCGCGAAGAAGCCCUGAAGCAGCGUAAGGAAUUAUCACAGGAGCUCGUCAACCUGAGGUCAGAACUGGUCGGCACCGCCAGCUCGUGCGAGCGGCUCGAGAGGGAGCGGGAUGAACUCCGGGGGGCGUACGAGGCGCUGCUACAGCGGCUGCAGGAGCAGCACCGGGCCGAGCUGGCGGAGCUGGAGGAGCGCCUCCGGGGCUUCUACGCGGCCGAGUGGGAGAAGGUGCACGAGGCCUACCAGCGGGAGGCCGACAAGAUCAAGGCGCAGAUGCAGCAGCAGGUUGAUGAAUUAGGCUCAAAGCAUGAAUCUUUGAGGAAAGAACUGGAGACCAGGCACUCCGAGAAGAUUGAGCUCCUGAAACAGCAUUAUGAAACCUCUAUAGAAGACCUCAAGAUAUCUCAGGACUUGGAAAAGCAAUCUCUCAACAAAUCAUUUCAAGAUACUGAAUCCUCACUAUGUGAGCAGAUUCAUGAAUUAACAGCUGCAAAUGACUCUUUAAAUGAGAAGCUAAAAGCUGAAGAAGAAAGGAGGAGAGCUUUAAUGGACAAGAAUCAGAGGGACUCCCACACUCUGUAUUUGGAGCAGGAGCUGGAAAGUCUGAAAGUGGUUUUGGAUAUCAAGACUGAGCAGCUACACCAACAGGAUAAAAAGCUUAUCCAAAUGGAAAAACUGAUGGAACGAAACAUCAAACUGGAGGAAGGGUUGAACAGGGUCCAGCAAGAAAACGAAGACCUGAAAGCGAGGAUGGAUAAACAUGCAGCGUUGUCGAGGCAGCUCUCGACGGAACAGGCCGUUCUGCAGGAGUCCCUGGAGAAGGAGUCGAAGGUGAACAAGCGGCUGUCGAUGGAGAACGAGGAGCUGCUCUGGAAGCUGCACAACGGGGACCUGAGCAGUCCGCGCCGGCUGUCGCCCUCCUCCCCCUCCGGGGUGUUCCAGUCUCCCAGGAACUCCGGCGCCUUUUCCAGCCCCCCCGUGUCGCCAAGAUAACGCCCCAGCCGGGCUUCCUGGGAGCCCCUGAAACAUGUGGACAGUGUUAUUCAUGAGAAACAAGCUAUAUUAGCCAUGUGUGAUCAUGACCCGUGAACUGGAGAAGAACAGAUCCGAAAUGGAUAUCCUUUCUGCUGAUUCUUGAGAAGAAGAGUGAUAUAAAGACUUUAUAAAGACAACGUUGCACAGAAGCACUUACGAGCAAGAGCAGUCUUGUUCUUUUGCCUUUUUGUCUGAUGUGGGGGGGGGGAGGAAGGGAAAUCUCAGGGCCUGUAGAUAAUUUCUCAGUGUUUGUCACUCAGUUUCCUUGUGUUCACAGAAGAGACGUUUCUGAGCAGGUUGGUGUGCGGUGUGAGUGAAAUUGGUUUUAGCACUUUGGAUACACAUUGUGUAAGGCUGCCAUCAGUGAGUUUAGUUACAACAAAUGAGCAAGUUUCCGAAAUAUGUGAACUGUAAGAUUUCCAUAAAAUAUAUUUCCAUUCUAACAUAAAAAUGCAAAACCACGUUACACGUUAGAUUUUCAGUUUGAAACAUUUCUCCUUUGCAGCCUUUUGCAUAGCUAUGUUUUGUUGUAUACCUAUAUGACCAUGACUGUUAGCUAUGUUUUGUAUCCGAAUUAUGACAUUUAAAUGCAUACUGACCACAAAAGUUUUAUUGCAGUCCAUGCCUAUUAAGAAAUACACGUAUUACAAAAUGCUUUUUGUUUUAAAAAAGUGACUUUUUAAUUCCGGCAAAGACCUGUAUCAAAUCGAAGUCCCUGCCUCCCCGUGUGAUGGCAGACAAAGAGGAUUUCAUCCAAAGGUCUCCCUUUUGUGACACCAAAAAUUGAAUCUUUCAGUAUUAACUUCUGCUUUGCUUUUUAUACACGUCAGCAUGAUUUUGUUGCUUUCAGGCCACUUUUAAGUCAGGGUUCAGCAGUUUAUUUGGAGAGCUCUUACAUUUUGCACAAAUUGUGAGGACGGGCUAUCUUGUCAAGUGUAGCAUUAGUUUAAUGGCAAAAGGUAGCAUUUGUCUCUGAUGUAAAGAACGGUGCCAUUUUAACCUUUAUUGCUACAUAACCCAUUCCUUUGUGAAGCAAAUAUUGUCGAGAGUUAGGAUUUCCAUGUAGUUGCAUUAUUUUCACAUAAAUAAACUAAGACUUAAACUUGUAGUGCACUGCCUAGACUUUAAACAUUAGCAUAUUUAAAUUGCAUAUUAUCCCAUUAAUACUAUUUUAAUGGUUGCUUUAACUCAAAAGGGCCACUCCAGAGUUCAGUUCAGUAAUUCAUAAUCCCAUAUCCACCUCUUGAGGAUUGAGCACUGUUCUAAAACUGAGCAAUUUGCAGCCUCAGGUGCAGAAUUUUCCCCAUCUCGUGCCACCAGUAUGCAUUUCACUCCAGAAUGUUAGCUUUUUUUUGGGGGGGUAGAUACGGUAAGAAUUGGAUUUUCUGAAUCGGAUUGGGGCCGACGGGGAACACUGUGGAUACAUACCCCAGCAUCUCCCUAUCCGAUCGUGUCGAACAAUAGAAACUCAUCGAGUGUUACAUCAACUUGAGUUUUGUUUCCAUUUCUGGAGGGUUGCUACUCCAUAUGGGUCCCCCAGCUGUGCAGGUACAGUUAAAGCUUGCUGAAGAUGAAGCCAAAGGCUCACUUUUGCCGGUCAGUAUACAUUAAAAUCCAUGUGUGUCACCUUCACUGUGUUAGACGUGUGAACCCUGGGUCUGCUGAGCGCUGUAUGACCACAGGAUCUAAAAACGGUCUCUGAGCGCACUAGAUGAAAGGGAUUAUUUUUGCCGAUCAUGGGACCAAUAAAAACAUUCUUUGUGUGUUUUGAAGACCACAGGAGCACCUCACUGUAGCUGCGAACACUCACUGAGGGGUGUCCGGAGAAGCUUGCUUUCAGAAUUCUUUUGUUCUUGUCAAAAUUUUAACCCGAUUUGCAAUGAUAUCACUAGAGUUUAUCGAAAAGCUUACCUUAACGCGUGCGUUCAGGUUUAAAAAAAGGAAAGGUUUCUGAAUAGGUGACAGAAAGGUAACUGUGUGGAUGUUGAAUUUGUUGGUGUGUAAAGUAGGAACUGUUGAAAAUAUGCAAUUAUUAAUAAAAGUCAUAACUAUAAGUAUAAAAAGAUCAUUCGGAAUUU